GUCAUGUGUGUCGAAUAUACCGAACAGGAAUCGACAGAGCCUGUGUUGAUUAGCUAUUAACUGUACAAGCUAAUUAACAGUAGCUAUUGUUAAAGGCAAUGCUAGGUGGCUAAUGAACCGAGACUGUCACAGCUGUGUUCCAAACAAUGGCUGAUGGAUUUGUUCAUUCAUUUGUUUCAUCCAGCUGUUAACAGUAUAGCUACAAUUAAGCCACCACACAUUACUGACUACAGACAUGACAAAAAUAAACAAAAAGCAACUUCUGAUAUAAACAUAAAGUAAAAGCGAAGCCCUGCAAUGUGGUGCUAGAAAAGUUGCUACCACUUCCUGGAUUAUGUAAAUAAUGGACCUGCAGCAGGUGCUUCCAAUGUGUGAGGGGCCUUCGUCAAUAUCUGGGCCAAUCCCCCCGGAUCCUUCUCUGUUUCCUCAGUACUACACACGACCUGCUUCAGCUCGUGGACGUUUAGAGGGAAACCAUGAUGGGAUGUUUGCCCUGCUCUCAGGGCCACCUGCUCCAGAUCCUGCGUUGUACCCCGGCUGCUACAGCGCUCGUACCCCAGCACGUCCUCCCCGUGUUGGGCCCAAUGCCACCCAUAUUCUGGAACGAGGACAAAGAGGGGUAGUGGGGGAACUACUCAGACUAGAUGGUGUUUCAAUUACCCCUGUUCCCAUGCGGAAACAGGAAGUAUAUGACUUUGGUAAAGAGAAUGUGCGUCGUCUCCGGGAGAUCCAAAGACGCUGCAAAGAGCAGGAGGCUGAGAGAGCAGAGUCUCGUGCGGCUCCUGUCAAAGCUCUUUGGACCUCCUCCAAAUAUGAGAAUGUCCCAUCCAGGGUCACGGCCCAGCUACAGGUUUCUUGUCCAACUGUUAAAACACAGUGUCAGCAUUUUCUGAAGGCCCACUCCAAUGGUGGAUUUAAUGCCCCGGCCAGACCACGCUCAAAAACGUCGCCUGUAGCUUUGCAACGCCCUGCGUCUUGUAACUCUGCACGUGACCGGGAUCUGAACAUACAGUUAGAGGUACAAGGUCAGACCAUUGACUUCAUAAAACACAAUGCCCGGGCUGCAGGAAAAACUGUGCUGCGUCGGUCUCAGUCACUGACAAACCUAAGAGAUAAGCCUGUGCCCAGUGCAGUCAAGGGACAGGUUCCUCAGUAUCUAGAGGAGAGGAAGGCACAAUGGCAUAAAGAGGCAGAGGAAAGGAGGAGGAACGCACCUGAUCCCACAGUCCCAGCCGGUCACACCCUGAUGCCUGAGAGUGAGAGACAGGAGACGCUGAAGUCCCUCAAAGAGACCCAUCGCUCCCUGGUGACCGAGCUCCUGUCACUUCCCCUCAGAGCUGACAAUCUGAGUUUUCGCUCGCGACGUGCCCAACUUGAUUGUAGGCUUUCUGAAGUCGAGGAGGCCAUUAAAAUAUUCUCUAGGGACAAAGUUUUUGUUAAAAUAGAUUCUUAACACAUGGGGAGGAAGAGGAGGAGAGAGGAGGCGACGGCCCUGUAAAUCCACUGCUAUAUCGAGAUUAAUUUUCAUUUGUAGAUGCAUUAUGUAACAUAACACUGAGGCAUGUAAUGGAUUAUUUAACAUUUUAAAACUGUUUGAUUUUGUAAAUUGAAAUGCUGUUAUAUAAAUGGAUUGGUUACUACACGA